AACUCAGUCUAAAAGGGGUGGAGAGAGGGAGUGUACAUUGACGAUGUACUCACAUUGACGAACUUUACGGGGAGAAUCUAACGGAUGUGUCAUUUCGAUUUUGUUCACGCGACUAAAAACAUCGCAGUCGCGUCAUCUUUAUAGCAAAAAACAACACUCGAAUUAUUUAAACAAUAUGACUUCUAUAAAUACAUGUGACAUUGACGAGAACGUGAAAACAUCAUUGAAAGAAUUUCGUUUUCGAAAAAGUCAGAAAAAUGCAGCGUUGAUACUAAAGGUUGACCGUCCGAAGCAGAUGAUUUGCCUGGAUGAGAUAAUAGAGGAUGUCCAAAUAGAAGACUUGCAAGAGAGAAUUCCAAGUCACGAGCCAAGAUACAUAGUUUACAGUUAUAAAAUGCAUCACACGGAUGGAAGAAUUUCUUACCCAAUGUGUUUCAUAUUCUACACUCCACAAGGCAUCCAAAUGGAACUUCAAGUAUUGUAUGCUAGUAUGAAACUGGUACUUCAAAAACAAGCUGAAUUGACAAGAUGCUACGAAGUUCGUGAAUUAGAAGAGUUGACAGAAGAAUGGCUAAAAGCCAAGCUAACUAGAUAGAACGAAUUCUUUAUGAAUACUUCUUGAAAAAAGAAAAGAAACAAACCGUCUUUUUCAAAUCGCUUCUUAUCUAAACAUUUGUACAACUUUAGAUAAAAUAUCUUUCUCACUAAAUAGUUAUUGCAAAAAAUAAUCUUACUAUGUAACUUUUGAAAGAAAUUUACAAUCUGCCAAAUGGAACUUUGCUACCAUUCAUUAUAACUGUUGACAUUAGGCUGAAAAGGUAAUCAAUAUAUUCGUAACCUGGAAAGCAAGCGUAAGAGCUUGGAACAACCAUAGUUUUAUUGUUUUUUUGUACAAAUUUAUUUAGCAUAGACGAGUGGAAAAUCAUGAAUGUCUUAUCUAAAGAUACGUAUGUCUCUUUAUAAAACUGCCGUUGUGUCGUUCGUUCGAUUGUAAACGAUACAGGAAGAUCCAAGACUGAAUAAAAAUCAUUGUGACUAGAAA